AUGGUUGAGGAAGGACCCUCGAAGGGUCAGGCUAGCUUGGAAGCUCAAUAUAAUGAUGUCUACGGACAUUCUAGUUGCCUUCGGUUGAGUCAGCGCGAGUUUGACAGUUGUCCCACGAGUCUUUGGGAUAUCCAGACCAUGAGGAGCGAGGAUGCGGCUCAGGUUGAUCAAGUGUCUUCUGAGUCUUGCGAGGAAUGCAGCGCGGGUGACUUUGUGUUUCUGAGGCCUGCGAGGAUGUGUCGCAUUAUGUGA